AUGGCCCUCAAAGCAAUUGUAAAAAGCGUCCUCUCUGGAGACACACUCGUUCUUCGUGGUCGUGCAGGACCUGGCCAGACACCCAAAGAGCGUAUUUUACAUCUUGAUAUCGUCGCUCCACGCCUAGGAACAUCGACACGAGAAGAUGAGCCAUGGGCAUUUGAGUCGCGUGAAUUCUUACGUGCAUUCGCUGUGGGCAAGGAGAUUUCCUUUACUUCCACGCACUCGCUGCCUGGCGAGGACGUUGCUCGCGAUUUUGGUGUCGCAGAAAUCGGAGGCUUUGAUCUGACAACAGAAAUUCUCAAGAAUGGUUGGGCAAAAGUAAAAGAGCUCAAACGCGAGCCAACGGAAGAGGAUCAGAGGAAGCGCGACUUGGAGAACGAAGCCAAGGCCGGCGGGAAGGGCAUCUGGAACCCCCAUGGCCCGCAGGCGCGUGUCGUUCACCAUACGAUGCCAGUCGACUCGCAAGCAUUCGUGUCAGAGUGGAAAGGGAAGUCUCUCGAUGCUAUUGUCGAGCAAGUGCGUGACGGCUCGACAUUGCGAGUUCGACUUCUUAUGCCAGAUGGUGAGCACCAAAUCGUAAACAUUGCUCUGGCGGGCGUUCGUAGUGCUCGCGCCGCGUCAAAGCAGGGCGAAGCAUCAGAGCCAUGGGGCGAGGAGGCAAGGUUCUUUACCGAAGCCCGUCUUUUGCAGCGCCAAGUGCGCGUGGUUAUUCUAUCUCUCCCGAACUCAUCUGCGACACCUUUCCAAAGUGGGGCGACUGGUCCCAGUGUCGCUACCGCCAGCAUCUUCAUCGGAAAUGUCCUACAUCCAGCCGGAAACGUUGCUGAACAUCUUGUGGCUGCUGGUCUCGGUCGCGUAGUUGAUUGGCAUGCCGGAAUGCUCGCAAGCAGUGGUGGUAUGGAAAAGCUACGCGCAGCGGAAAAGGUCGCUAAAGAGAAACGGCUAUGUCUCUAUGCCAAUGCGCCUGCCAUUGCUGCCUCUAAAUCCAACGGUACUACUACUCCAAAUGGACAGGCCAGGGUGUUCGAUGCAACUGUCAUUCGUGUCUGGAGCGGUGACCAAAUCUCUGUGGUCGAGAAAGAGACUGGAAAGGAACGACGGCUUCAGCUGAGCUCAACUCGCGGUCCCAAGCUUUCCGACCCAAAACAAGCCCAAUACGCACAGGAUGCCCGGGAAUUCUUGAGGAAACGCUUGAUCGGCAAGCAUGUCAAAGUUACUAUCGACUUCAUCCGGCCACGGGAAGGUGACUACGAAGAACGCGAAUGUGCUACUAUACGCUAUGGAGGACAGAAUGCGAACAUUGCCGAGCAGCUCGUUGAAAAGGGCCUCGCUGCACUUGUACGCCAUAAACGAGACGACGAAGAUCGCUCAUCGGACUACGACAAAUUAAUGGCUGCUGAGCAAGCUGCUGCUGCUGACACUCGGGGAAUACAUUCUGGAAAAGAUUUACCUGCGCCUAAACAACCUUUGAACAUUUCGGAGUCUGUGAAUCGUGCUACUCAGUUCUUGAAUGGCUUUAAGCGUCAAGGAAGAGUACCGGCUGUCGUUGAUUAUGUCGCUGCUGGCUCGCGGUUCAAGCUUUUCCUUCCCAAGGACAAUCAAACAUUGACAUUAGUCCUUGGAGGCAUCCGCGCGCCUCGCACUGCCAGAAACGCCUCCGAGAAAAGCGAACCGUAUGGCGCUGAAGCCUUGGAAUUUGCGUCAAGGAGAUACAUGCAGCGUGAUGUUGAAUUCGAAGUCGACUCACUGGAUAAAUCUGGAGGAUUCAUCGGCGCACUCUACUUGAAUAAGACGGAGAACGCAGCCAUCGCUCUUGUGAAAGAGGGCCUGGGUACUGUACAUGGAUUCUCGGCUGACGGUCUGUCUUGGGCAAAGCAGCUAUAUGAUGCCGAAGCCGCCGCGAAAGAGGCCAAACUGAACAUAUGGACGGACUUCGAUGGAGAGGAAGAGAAAGUUGAAGAGACGACCAUAGAAACUGGACCUCUCAAGCGCGAAUAUAUCGACGUCAUCAUCAGCGACGUUCGCACGACAGCUGGACUGGCUUUCUCAGUUCAAAUACUCAAUACGGAGGGGAUUGCUGCCCUGGAGAAACUUAUGCGGGAUUUCUCACUUCAUCACCGCUCUUCCGCCGCGUCCCCUCCCAACUUUGUUCCAAAGGCUGGUGAACUCGUUUCGGCCAAGUUCUCUGAUGGGUCUUGGUAUCGAGCCAAAAUCCGACGUGCAUCUCCUGUAAAAAAGGAGGCUGAGGUCACUUUCAUCGACUACGGAAAUCAGGAUACUGUCUCGUUCAAUAACAUCCGGCCUCUGGAUGCGAAGUUCCGGUCUUUGAGCCCACAAGCUCACGAAGCCCGACUAAGUUUCGUGAAACUUGUUGGUCCCGAGAGCGAAUAUUACGCAGACGCACUUGAUCGCUUCCGCUCAUUGUGUGAAGGUCGCAAAUUGAUCGCAAACAUUGACCACAAGGAAGGGACACUUCUUCAUCUACGCUUGAUGGACCCAACAGACCCAGCCGCUGCCGAUGAUCCGCUGGCGUGCAUCAAUGCGGACCUCUUGCGCGACGGGCUGGCCACGAUCGACCGUAAAAACUGCAAGUACCUCUCUGCAUACCCUCAGAUGGCGAAGAAACUGCAAAGUGCUGUCAACGAGGCCAAACGAGACCGCGCAGGUAUAUUUGAAUAUGGAGACAUCGAGGAGGAUGAUUAG